GAUGACAACCUGAGAUAGGACUCUUGGAAUCUUUUGAAAAUGAUUUAAAGACAAUGCCAACUGUUUUCAGCUGAGGAUGAAAUAGAGCUGCCUCACUGAACAAAUGCAGACAGGAGGGUACACAGCUUUAGGAAGGAAUCAACAGGAUCUCUAAGACCCCAAACAUAAAGAAACGAUGUGUGCUGAUUUGAAAGAGGGCAGAUAAUUCACAGAUCAGCACUUGGACAAAACAUAGGUGCGCUGGCUCUUUAGGGGUAAUGAUGAAAAUCAAGAAGAAUUUAGUGGAGGACAGCACAACCCUCAUCACCCUCUCUGACCACCCUGAACAAACCUACGGGAGCACAGAGAUGUGUGCGGCACCUCAAGAAAACAAAAACGUAUUUGGUGAUGGUGUCACCCGCAUUGAUUUUGUCUUGGUUUGGGAGGAGUCUGUGCACCCUUUAAAGUCUGCUGAAUUAGAGAAAGAAUUGUCCAGUUCCUCAUGUGAUAUCCACAGGAACUGGAGGACAGAAUUUCUUUCCAGACUCAGAACUGCUGGCCUUCAUCAGGAGAUGAAAGAGGUUGUCCAGGGAAAAACAAAGACGACUUAUGUCCUCCUGAGCGCUCCCUGGAAUGUUCUGUGUUAUUUCGCUGAAGAGAUCAGCCUUCGAGUGCCAUUGCAGGUUGUGACAACUCCAAUAUCAAACUGGUCCCAGGAUAUCCUGAAUAAACUGCACGUCCCAAUUAUAAUGGCUCAGGAUGUGCCCAACCUUCCACCAGACUACUAUACCUGCCAGUUUCGCACCAAUAAACUAGAGAGGUUUCUUGGCCAUGAGAACAAGGACACCUUCUUUAAGACCACGCAAAGGCAUCAGAUACUGUAUGAGUUAUUAGCCCGGACUCCAUUUGGAGCACUGAAUAGAGGGGAGGUUGGAGUUGGCAGGCUUAUUAGUGAAAAGGUUCUGACUGCUGCUUUUCCACUACAUGAGGGUCCAUUUGAAAUGCCAAAGACUUCAGUAGAUCCAAAGUCUCUGACCAUGAGACAGAUUCUGCAUCAUCACUGGGCUCGAUGGACUUGCUGGAGGAAAUACCAACCUUUGGAUCACAUUCGCGAGUACUUUGGCGAGAAAAUAGCCCUCUACUUUGCCUGGUUGGGCUUCUACACAGGCUGGUUAUUACCAGCAGCAGUAGUGGGUUUCAUCAUAUUUUUGUUUGGUAUCUGGCUGAUGGUCACUGAUGUGCCAGCAGAACAGCUUUGUUCCAGUGGAGACACCUUUGUCAUGUGUCCACUCUGCAACAUCUGCAGCUACUGGAACCUCUCCAGCAUCUGCUAUACCUACAAGGCAGGCUUGCUAUUUGACAAUGGAGGAACCGUGUUCUUCAGCAUAUUCAUGUCUUUGUGGGCCGUCACCUUCCUGGAGUACUGGAAACGCACAAGCUCCAUAUUGGCCCACCGUUGGGACUGCUCAGAAUUUGAAGAGAUAGAGGAGAGGCCAAGGCCAGAAUUCACAGCAUUGGCACCAAUGACGAUUCGUAAUCCUGUGACUGGGGCUGAGGAGCCCUAUUUCCCAGAGAGUCAACGAAUGAGUCGAACUCUAGCAGGCAAUAUGGUCAUCAUUCUUAUGAUUGCCAUUGUUUUGAUAUUCCUAAUGGCUAUUAUCCUCUAUCGGUCUAUUCUAAGCAUCAUUAUCUACAGGUCUGAGAGUGCCUACUUCAUAUUCUCGGCUGGGAGGAUAGCAAGCCUUACUGGUUCAAUGCUAAAUUUGCUGGUUAUUCUGUUGUUGUCUCGGCUCUAUAAAUACCUUGCCCAAAUUCUGACAAGAUGGGAAAUGCACCGUACCCAGACUAAAUAUGAGGACGCGUUCAUCCUCAAGGUUUUCAUCUUCCAAUUUGUCAACUUGUACUCAUCUCCUGUUUACAUUUCCUUUUUCAAGGGCAGGUUUGUUGGCCACCCUGGAAGCUACAACACACUCCUUGGAAUCCGAAAUGAGGAUUGUGGCUCCUCUGGAUGUCUCAUUGAACUUGCUCAAGAGAUGUUGGUCAUCAUGGUAGGCAAACAGGUCAUCAGUAACAUCCAGGAAUUUGUCUUGCCUAAAUUAAAAACAUGGUGGCACAAGAGGAAGUUGAAGCCAGCUUUCUGUUUAGAAGUGAUAGAUGAACCAGACACGAAGCCAGAGCACACGCCAUGGGUAGCGGACUAUCAGCUGCUGGUGUAUGAGGGGCUGUUUGAUGAGUAUUUAGAGAUGGUCUUGCAGUUUGGAUUCAUCACCAUCUUUGUAGCAGCCUGUCCCUUGGCACCGGUCUUUGCCUUGAUUAAUAACUGGGUGGAAGUGCGUCUUGAUGCCCAGAAGUUUGUGUGUGAGUACCGCAGGCCUGUUGCAGAGAGAGCACAAGACAUUGGAAUCUGGCUUAUGAUCCUACAGUUCAUCUCCUACCUGUCUGUCAUUAGUAAUGCUUUCCUGAUUGCCUUCACGUCUGAUUUCCUGCCACGCCUCUACUACCGCUACAACAAGGGCAGUAUGAGUGGUUAUAUUAACUUUACCCUUUCAGUUGCCCCAGAGAACUUCACCCAAAGCCAGAUGUCAUGCAGAUAUCGAGGCCAGAGAGAUGAGAAAGGACAGCUCACACAGGAUUACUUCAACAUGCUGGCCAUUCGUCUGAGUUUUGUCAUCAUAUUUGAGCAUGUUGUACUCCUGAUUGGACGAAUUAUUGACUGGAUGGUGCCAGAUAUUCCAGAGGAGGUGGAAAUUAAGAUCAAAAGAGAGCAUUAUAUGGCCAAAGAGGCACUUGCUGAGAAUCAGUCAUUGAGCAAAACUGUUCUGGAGGAGAUGGAGAGACAAAGCUCUGAGUUGCGACACAGAUUAAGAUUACAGAGUCCUACAGCCAACAUCUAAUCUUCCUUCUGUCCAUCUCCUGUACAUGAAGACAAACCUCCACUCUGACAGUCUGAUAUUUUAGACAUCUGAUAAGGCAAACUAGUGACUCCACAAUGAGUAGUUUUUUUUUAACCAUUGAUAAUUAAUAGCGCAACGUUGGUCCCAUUGUGAUGAAUUCUUAAAGAUAAAAAAGAUUUAAAAGAUUCAACUUUAUUGUCAUUUUGAUGAGUACAGGUACAGAGCCAAUAAAAUGCAGUUGUUUUCACAUAUCCCAACUAAGCUGGGGUCAGAGCGCAGGGUCAGCCAUGAAACAGCACCCCUGGAGCAGAUAGGGUUAAGGGCCUUGCCCAACAGUGGUAUCUUGGUAAUGCUGGGGCUUGAACCCCCAAACUUUCGAUCAGUAACCCAGAGCCACCACUGGUCCAUCUUGAAUUGUAUGUGGUAUUAUUUUGUAAAAACUAGUAUGCCACUCUACACUCUUAAAAGUUGACCAUAUUACCUUUAGCAGAUAAACAGGUUUAAAAUUCAUAGUCUUUCCUUGCAGAAAAACAGACCAAUAAUACUGAUUACUCAACUUGCACUCAAGGGCAAUAAAUAAAAAUUACAUUCCAACCAAAAGCUUAUUGAAAUGAGAAUAUCUACUCCCACUAAUGCACUUUCAAUGAACUAGUAAAAGCAAGUAGAAAAUCUUGGGUCAUGGCUGUGACAUAAACUAAAGGCUAUAAUAUGUAAAGACAGUAAAGAAAACAGCGGUCAUCAAGCAAUUUCAUGGAGUCUUUAAAUGUAUGAACCUAAAAGUGAAGAUACAAUACAUUUUAAUGUAAUGAUUGUAGUUAGAUGACAAAUUCAUACAGAAUGCAACAAGGUGGUGUUUGGUAUUAAGAUUUUAUGAUAGUAUGUCUACUGUGUACUAUUUAACACUAUUUUAAUACACACUAAAUGUACUUUGCAAUCACCAUUAAAGUACAUUAUAUGUAUAUUUUAGUGCAUCAUCUAAGUAUGCAAAUUGGAACGCUACACUACACUUUUCUGGCUUAUUGAGCAGUAGUGCCCUCUGCUGUUCACAGGAUCAUUCACAAUAGUAUAAAAGACAUGAAGUCCUAAUGAAUAAUGAGCUCUUUUCAGUACAAUUUCAAAGUUUAGUGACUUGUUUUUCAGACAAUUAUAUUGAAUCUCAAUUCUAUGGAAAAUCUGUACUACCUCCUUAUUAUCUCACUCAUAAUCAUAAAUGUGUAUGCAGACUGAUCAUUUCGGAUAAAUGUGUUUUGUCCCUUGUAGCAGAUUUGCAUAUAGGCCUACUGUAUUAUAGAAUUAUAUUCAUUGUUUAUUAAAAAGGUCUUUAAUUUUAAGCCAGCCAGUAAGCAUUUGCAAAAAAAUAAAAGAACUUAGGCUACAUGGUUUAUGCUGUUUUGUUUGGCAAAACUCUGGCUAUAGCUUGUUUACUAUGGAGCACUAUGGAGUCUAUGGAGUGGUGGUUGGUGUAGUGGUCUAAGCACAUAACUGGUAAUCUGGUAAUCAGAAGGAUGUUGGUUCAAGCCCUACAGCCACCACCAUUGUGUCCUUGAGCAAGACACUUAACUCCAGAUUGCUCCAGGGGGAUUGUCCCUGUAAU